CGCUAGCAUUAGCGGCUGAUGUUUGUUGACAGCAACGCCGCUUAGCAUAACACUACUGUGGAAGUUUCGUUGUGUUGUCGGCUAAAAUGGCAUCAUCUAACUCAUACAAACUCAGGUGCUCCAUCCCGGGCCACGAAAUGGACGUUAGAGGACUCGCAGCUGCUGUUUUUCCAGACGGAGCUUUCGUGUCCGUGUCUAGAGACCGAACCGGAAGAGUCUGGGUACCAAACUCAAGCCCAGACAAAGGCUUCACAGAGAUGCAUUGUAUGUCUGGCCACUCAAAUUUUGUAUCCUGUGUAUGCAUCAUUGCACCAAGUGAGACGUAUCCUCGAGGGCUCAUUGCCACAGGUGGGAAUGAUAGUACCAUUUGUGUUUUCACACUGGACCGACCACAGCCCCUGUUCACUCUCAAGGGUCACAAAAAUACAGUUUGCACUCUGUCAUCUGGGAAGUUUGGGACACUUUUGAGCGGCUCCUGGGACACCACAGCUAAAGUCUGGCUCAAUGAGAAGUGCAUGAUGACCUUGCAGGGCCACUCUGCGGCAGUGUGGGCAGUGGUCAUAUUACCCGAACAAGGCCUAAUGCUAUCUGGAUCAGCAGAUAAGACCAUAAAGCUUUGGAAAGCUGGCCGAUGUGAGAAAACAUUUACAGGUCAUGAGGACUGUGUAAGGGGACUAGCAGUGAUCAACAACACUGAGUUCUUCUCUUGCAGCAAUGACACAAGUAUCAGGAGGUGGCUAGUGACAGGCGAAUGUGUACAGGUCUAUUACAGCCACACCAACUACAUCUACAGCGUAGCUGUCUUCCCCAAUUGCCAAGAUUUUGUAAGUACAGGAGAGGACAGGACUUUAAGGAUAUGGAGGAAGGGAGAGUGCUCUCAGACCAUCCGCCUGCCUGCCCAGUCUGUCUGGUGCUGCUGUAUUCUACCUAAUGGAGAUAUAGCAGUUGGAGCCAGUGAUGGCAUUAUCCGUGUUUUUACGGAAGCUGAGGACCGCAUGGCCAGUGCAGAGGACCUACAGGCCUUUGAGGAUGAGCUCUCCAAAGCCACUAUUGACCCCAAGACAGGUGACCUUGGAGACAUCAAACUGGAGGAUCUUCCUGGAAGGGAACACCUUAAUGAGCCUGGAAAUCGUGAUGGACAGACACGGCUGAUCAAAGAUGGACAGAAGGUGGAGGCAUAUCAGUGGAAUGUCAGUGAUGACCGCUGGGUAAAAAUUGGAGACGUGGUCGGAGGCUCAAACCAACAGAUUUCCAAGAGUGUGAUGUACGAAGGAAAGGAAUACGACUACGUCUUCACCAUUGACGUGAAUGAGGGUGGGCCGUCCAUGAAGCUGCCUUACAACGUGUCAGAGGACCCCUGGCUGACAGCACAUAACUUUUUGCAGAAGAAUGACCUCAGCCCCAUGUUCCUCGACCAGGUUGCCAAUUUUAUCAUAGAGAACACCAAAGGCCAUGUGGUGGGACCAGCCCAGCCUGCUGGUGGUGAUCCAUUCACAGGAGCAGCUCGGUAUAUCCCCGGGUCUUCUGAUGAUAGGCCAGGCUUUGGAGCUGAUCCCUUCACAGGCUCUGGUCGCUACAUCCCAGGGUCUGGUCCAAGCCCAAAUGCUCCUGUGGGUGUGGCAGAUCCCUUCACAGGUGGAGGUGCCUACUCCUCAGCAGACAUCAGACAGACGGCAACUAACAUCUACUUCCCCAAGAUUGAUGGUGUGACUUUUGAGCAAGCAAAUACCACACAGAUCACUGCCAAGCUGAAGGAGCUAAAUAAAGGUGCCCCUCAGGAGCACAAGCUUUCGGAGGAAAUUCUGGAAAGCCUCGAAAGGCUGCUAGUGUCUGUCUGUGGGCCUAACUCCUCUGAACCUACUCCAAACAUCCAACAGAUCAACCUACUCUGGAAGGCCUCCCACUGGCCUGAAGACAUAGUGUUUCCUGUCCUGGACAUUAUGAGACUGGCAGUGCGCCACCCUCAGGUUAACGAGAGCCUCUGUGGAGAGGCAGAGGGAGUCCAGUUGUGCAACCACCUGCUGAGCCUGAUGAGGCCUGAGGGGCGUCCUGCCAACCAAAUGUUGGCGCUGCGGACUUUGUGUAACUGCUUUAGUGGCAGGCAAGGCCGAGCCCUCCUCAUGGCCCAGCGUGAAACGGUGCUAUCACGUGCUGCUGACCUGGCCACUGUCAGCAAUAAGAACAUCCACAUUGCCCUUGCCACUCUGGUGCUUAACUACGCUGGAUGCCUGCAUAGCCAACCCGAUCUUGAGGCCAAGGCCCAGUGCCUCUCUGUGGCCAGUAGAGCUCUAGAGACGGUACAAGACAGGGAGGCUGUGUUUAGGCUGCUAGUGGCUUUGGGAACCACAGUGGCCUCAGACCAGACAGCCCGGGACCUGGCUCGCUCUUUGGGGGUCAACUCUCAGAUUUCCAAGUACUCAUCAGUGUCUGAUCCAUCUAAGGUGGGCGAGUGUUGCCAGCUGGUUUUAAAAGAACUACAAUAAUAAUGUAAUGUGAAUAAUUAGGGAAAAAAGAGCACUUCUUUCUUACUAUUACUCUGUUCUGCUUAAUCAGUUGUGGAGACUUAAAUAAUUGUAUGUUCUGCAAUAAAAAGGACAAAUGAAAUUUA